CUUGCUUAAUCAUAUUCAUACACACACAAGCUGCACCAACUCAUCACAUUCUCAGGCAUCCAUUUCUCUCGUUCUAUUCCCGUGUCUACUUCUAUAUAUCCAAAUUGGCAUUUGAAACCAUGCAUUACCAAACUCAACACUGGGGUUCUUAUAACUUGCCAACAAGUGUAAUUGUUGAUGACCCACUGGAGCGUAUAGGGAGGCUUGCCUCAGAGAACGCGGUGGUGAUAUUCAGCAUAAGCACUUGUUGCAUGUGUCACGUCGUUAAGAGGCUCUUCUGUGGCAUGGGUGUCAACCCAACUGUGUACGAGCUCGACGAAGACCCUAGAGGCAAAGAAAUGGAGAAGGCCUUGAUGGGACUUCUAGGCAGCUCUUCAGCCGUGCCUGUUGUGUUCAUUGGAGGCAAGCUGGUGGGUGCUAUGGACAGAGUCAUGGCCUCUCACAUCAAUGGCACUCUUGUGCCACUUCUCAAAGAAGCCGGAGCUCUCUGGCUUUGAUUGAGCCAGUCGGCCGGAGCUCUCUGAUUUUGAUACUCUUUCUUUUCUUGGUAAAGUUUUAGAAACCGAUAGAGAAAGAGAACUUAACUGCUAUAUAUAGUACUACAAGUAAUCAACUAAAGCAGGGGAAGAGGAGUGGGUUGGUUUUGUCACCUUCACUAAUUUGACUGAUGUAUCACUUUUUUCGUUUUUUAUGUUGUUGUGCCUCUGUUUGUGUUCCUUUUAGUUUUGGCUUUCAGGUCAUGUCGGUCCGUUGUUGUUUAUGCUUUGUGAUUUCACUAAUUCUCUGGUCGUAGAGAGAAAUGUAAUUUGCUC